GGCCUGGGCUGUGGCGGGGGACGCGAGCACCCAGCACCCGCAGUCACCGCGUCUCCUACGGGGGACGCUGCCUUGACGGCUGCACUCUGGUUGCUGAGCCUGGACUCCCAGCAGGCACCACAGUGAUGGAGUACAUGAGCACUGGAAGUGACGAGAAAGAAGAGAUUGAUUUAUUAAUUAAGCAUUUAAACGUGUCGGAAGUCAUAGACAUAAUGGAGAACCUUUAUGCAAGUGAAGAGCCAGCAGUGUAUGAGCCCAGCCUGAUGACCAUGUGUCCAGACAGCAAUCAAAACAAGGAAUGCUCAGAGUCACUGCUUCGGAGUGGCCAGGAGGUACCCUGGCUGUCCUCUGUCAGAUACGGGACCGUGGAGGAUCUGCUUGCAUUUGCAAACCAUAUCUCCAAUACGACAAAGCAUUUUUAUGGACGUCGACCACAAGAAUCUGGGAUUUUAUUAAAUAUGGUAAUCAGUCCCCAGAAUGGUCGCUACCAAAUCGACUCGGAUGUUCUCCUUGUCCCAUGGAAGCUGACAUAUAGGAACAUCGGCUCUGGUUUUGUUCCUCGGGGGGCCUUUGGAAAAGUGUACUUAGCGCAAGACAUGAAGACGAAGAAGAGAAUGGCGUGCAAACUGAUCCCUGUAGAUCAGUUUAAGCCAUCGGAUGUGGAAAUCCAGGCCUGCUUCCGGCAUGAGAACAUUGCUGAAUUAUAUGGUGCCGUCCUAUGGGGCGAUACUGUCCAUCUCUUCAUGGAAGCAGGCGAGGGAGGGUCUGUUCUGGAGAAGCUGGAGAGCUGUGGGCCCAUGAGAGAAUUUGAAAUUAUUUGGGUGACGAAGCACGUUCUCAAGGGACUUGAUUUUCUGCACUCCAAGAAAGUGAUCCACCACGAUAUUAAACCUAGCAACAUUGUAUUCAUGUCUACAAAAGCUGUUUUGGUAGAUUUUGGCCUGAGUGUUCAAAUGACUGAAGAUGUCUAUCUUCCCAAGGACCUCCGGGGAACAGAGAUAUACAUGAGCCCCGAGGUCAUUCUGUGUAGGGGCCAUUCCACAAAAGCAGACAUCUACAGUCUUGGGGCCACGCUCAUCCACAUGCAGACAGGCACCCCACCCUGGGUGAAGCGCUACCCUCGAUCGGCCUAUCCCUCCUACCUGUACAUAAUUCACAAGCAGGCACCUCCCCUGGAAGAUAUUGCUGGUGACUGUAGCCCAGGCAUGAGGGAGCUGAUAGAAGCCGCCCUGGAAAGGAACCCCAACCACCGCCCCAAAGCAGCAGACCUACUGAAACAUGAAGCCCUGAAUCCUCCAAGAGAGGACCAACCACGAUGUCAGAGUCUGGACUCUGCCCUCUUUGAACGGAAGAGACUGCUGAGCAGGAAGGAGCUAGAACUUCCUGAGAACAUUGCUGAUUCAUCAUGCACAGGCAGCACCGAGGAGUCUGAAGCACUCAGGAGGCAGCGUUCCCUCUACAUUGACCUCGGAGCUCUGGCUGGCUAUUUCAAUAUUGUUCGUGGGCCACCAACCCUGGAAUAUGGCUGAUGGAUGGCUUUGUUGGCAACAAAGUAGGAUGGAUAUUUUCUCUCCUGGAUGUUGGUUUUGCAGACCCUACACAGCAGCUCCAGAUAGUGAAUUUUACCCAUUUUUUUAGGGGGUUGGUUGGUCUGUAGUGACACAGGAAUGUUGCAGCCAUGGCCCUCUUUGUGAAGCUACUCUGGCAUGUCCCAGAGCCCAAAGUUCUCAUUUCUCAGGUGGUGGGACUGGACAGAAGGGAGUUGUGAGCUCAGAGAAGGAUCAUUUAUGGUGACAGUUCCAUUCACUUUGCACUUUGAUGGGCAUUUAAAAAAAAUAGCCCUCACAAGAUAGUAACCCAAAAUUCCUGUUCUUGGUUCUGAUUUAAGCAUGUGCUCUUCCUUCAACUCAGAAGCCCUGAUCUGUGUAUAUAGUGGUGUGUAUUAUAUGGUACCUCUUUGAGCCUUGGUUGGUAGACUCUAGUGUAAGUUUAAUUAAUUGUAUCUUGGGUGACUAUAACAACUUUAAUAUUACAGCAAUACACUGGACUAGUGUCUCACAGAUGGCUGAUUUACUCAGAGCCGCCCGACAGCAGACCACUAGUGACAGUUUCUGUUAUGUUCCUAUGGAAACACUGUGUACUGUACAUGCUAUGCUUAAAACAUUUAAAACACAAUGUUUUAAAUGUGGACAGAACUGUGUAAACCACAUAAUUUCUGUACAUCCCAAAGGAUGAGAAGUGUGACCUUCAAGGAAAUGGAAACGUUUGUAAAUUCUUGGUAAUGCUACCUUUGUAAUUAAUGAAACUAGUUUCUUUAAAGUGUUUCUAUAUUAAAACAGCAUACUGUGUAUGUUUUAUUCCAAAUUCCUUCAUGAAUCUUUCAUAUAUAUAUAUAUAUAUGUAUAUAUAUUUUAACAUUGUAAAGUGUGAGUAUUCUUAUUUAAAGUAUAUUUUUACAUUAUGCAAAUGAAUGUCAACAUUUUAGUCCAAUGUGACUAGUCCAAUAAACCAAAUAAACUGAAUAUUUUG